AUGUCGACUGUGUGUCAGUAUUCACUCUAUUCCCUUGAGACAGGGUCUCUUACCAAACCUGGAGUUAGGCUGAAGGUAUCAAGGGUAGACAGAGUGCGUCAGAUCAGAUCCUCAAGAACUGGAGUGUCAGACAACCGUGAGCUGCCAUUUGAUGGAGAACCUUGUGAUCUGUCUUUGAAUAUAACCUGGUUUCUGAAAAGUGCUGAUUGCUACAAUGAAAUUUACAACUUCAAGACAGAUGAAGCAGAGACCUAUUUGGACAUGCUCAAGGGAAAAAAAGGCUUGUCUGGGAGAUACCAAACAUCAUCAAAAUUAUUUCAGAAUUGUAGUGAACUCUAUAAAGCACAGAGCUUUUCUGGGGAUCUUAUGCGUCGACUUCCUCUUUUAGGAGAAAAACAGGAGGCUAAGGAGAAUGGAACAAAUCUUACCUACACUGGAGACAAAAUUGCAAUGCAUGAACCAUUGCAGACUUGGCAAGAUGCACCAUACAUUUUUAUCGUGCAUGUUGGCCUUUCGUCCUCAAAGGAAUCACCACAAGAAAAUGCACUAAGUAACCUUUUUACCA